AUGGCCCAGGAAGACAAGUUAUCAAUCGAUAAACUUGAUGGUGCGAAGAAUUGGCAAAUAUGGAAGUAUCAGAUAACAACAAUUUUGGAAGCUAGAGAAUUGUUUGGUAAUAUUGAUGGAACACUAACUCGCCCAAGUAGACCGGACCUCGGAUCGGACAGCAGUUCUGGGGCAACUGCGUCGUUUGGAAAAGCUCCAAAGAAGACAAAAGCUUUCAUAGUUACGUCUAUUAAAUCGGAUCUUAUUUACCUUAUAACCGAAUGCCAAACUCCAAAAGAAAUUUGGAAUAAGUUAAAGCAACGCUUUGAACGAGAUACGAUUGUGAACAAAUUAUUUCUGAAGCAAAGACUUUUCUCCCUAAAAAAACGAAAGAGUCAGAUUCUCUUGAUGAACACUUGUGAAGGAUGA